GCGGAGCCGACGGGCUGUGGCCCCGCCCUUAGCCGCCAUUGCCGGGCCUGCCUGGCCACCCUGCGCAGCGGCCUUGCGUCCUCUCCCGGGGCGGAGCGGGUCGGCGGGCCUGACAGGGAACCUCCCUGACCGAGCCCACGUCUCCCCACGGCCAGAGAAAUCUCCGGCCCGGCCCGCGUCGCCAGCCCCCAGGCCCGGAGGAACGGCCCGAGCCCAGGAGAACCACAUCUUCGUCCCGGCCCCGGAGGCUCCUGUGGGCAAGAUCGUGAGCCAACGGGUUCCUGAGGCCCCUCCUGGCCAGGCAGGGUUUCCCCGCGCGUUUCCGAGGAGCCCUGCCUGGCCGGGCGGCUGGACAAACAGGCCCUCUCCGCAUUGUGGUCCUAGUCGUCAGUGUGGGUGUCACAUGGAUCGUGGUCAGCAUCCUCCUGGGUGGGCCUGGCAGUGGCUUUCCUCGCAUCCAGCAACUCUUCACCAGCUGGAGUGCAGUGGUGCGAUCUCGGUUCACUGCAACCUCUACCUCCUGGGUUCAAGCGAUUCUAGUGCCUCAGCCUCCCGAGUAGCUGAGACUACAGGUCCAGAGAGCUCGGUGACUGCAGCGCCACGGGCCAGGAAGUACAAGUGUGGCCUGCCCCAGCCGUGUCCUGAGGAGCACCUGGCCUUUCGCGUGGUCAGCGGGGCCGCCAACGUCAUUGGGCCCAAGAUCUGCCUCGAGGACAAGAUGCUGAUGAGCAGCGUCAAGGACAACGUGGGCCGCGGGCUGAACAUCGCCCUGGUGAACGCUUCCAGAAGGGCUGCCCCCCCCCGUGCUACCCGCCUGCCGUGCCCUGAGGCUGGCCUGGCUUACCCAGCAGGGCCCCUCCCUCCUGACACAGGGGUCAGCGGCGAGCUCAUCGAGGCCCGGGCCUUUGACAUGUGGGCCGGAGAUGUCAACGACCUGUUGAAGUUUAUUCGGCCACUGCACGAAGGCACCCUGGUGUUCGUGGCAUCCUACGACGACCCAGCCACCAAGAUGAAUGAAGAGACCAGAAAGCUCUUCAGUGAGCUGGGCAGCAGGAACGCCAAGGAGCUGGCCUUCCGGGACAGCUGGGUGUUUGUCGGGGCCAAGGGUGUGCAGAACAAGAGCCCCUUUGAGCAGCACGUGAAGAACAGUAAGCACAGCAACAAGUACGAGGGCUGGCCCGAGGCGCUGGAGAUGGAAGGCUGUAUCCCUCGGAGAAGCACGGCCAGCUAGCACGGCCAGCGCCAGGACCGGGCCGAGGGAGGCCAGACCAAGGGAGGCACGCGCGCUGCCGGGUGGACAGAGGCUGAGGCUCACACCCCACGCGCGGGCAGGAGCGCUCCCUGGCCCCAACACAUCGGGGCUCCGAGGCAGUGACCAGAACGUGGUCUCAAGGUGGUGGGGGCUAUGGGGGCUGCAGGGGCUAGCCCUGCCGCAGUUUGUCACGGGAGCCCAGGGUACCCGCCUCCUUUUCGUAACACUGUUCCCCCCGGUCAGCCCAUCUAGCCCUGUCCUCCAUUCCUCACGCCAUCUCUGUCCCCAUCCUGAGUCCUGGAACGGCCCUGGGUGCCUGCCCCUCACUGUGCAACUCUGGGAGCAGGCCGGCAGGUUGCGGCGUCUUCCAGAACCUCUCCCUUCUGGAGCCACUCUGCACUGCGGGCUAAACAUGUUUCCAGUGUGAUUCCUUCCAGUGAGCCAAACCCGGUGGCUGCUUCAUGAGCCUGACUGCCUCUCGCCUGCUCUCAGCAGGAAGGGACCCCUGGAGCAGGCUGGCCCGGGGUGGUGAAGUAGCUGGAGCCCGAUCACAGUCCCGCGGUUUGUCAGGGGGCCCACCUUCUAGAUGACCCCUUAAUAAAGUGAUGGCCCCACAGAAGAAA